AUGAUUGGCUACUCGCCGACGAAGACCGACGACUACGUGGCCGUCCAAAUGCCGGCCGACCCCGGGUACAUCGUCGGCUUUGAACCCCUCGCCCACGCCGACCGUGUCCACCACAUGCUCCUCUACGGCUGCGAGGAGGCGUACAGCGAGCAGCAGUUCUGGAAGGGCAUGGCCACCUGUGGCAACGGCGCUUCGCACAUUUUGUAUGCCUGGGCGAGGAAUGCCCCGAAUCUCAACCUGCCGCCGGGCGUGGCAUUUGAUAUUGGGCACGAGAGCAGCACGAUCAAGACGCUGGUGCUCCAGGUCCACUACGCUCAGCCCUUCGAAGGAAACGUUCUCGACUACUCCGGUGUCACGCUCCAUUUAAGUGACGAGACCCCGAGGUACCUCUCUGCCGUGAUGCUCUUCGUUGCCGGGUAUCCGAUCCCGCCCAAGAUGCCGCAAUUCCAGAGCAACAUGAGUUGCCCGUAUGAGGGGGAGACCGAGCUUCAUCCCUUUGCGUUUAGGACUCAUACCCACGCUAUGGGCAAGCUCGUCUCCGGCUUUUUCAAGCAUGGCAACGAGUGGACGAAGAUCGGAAAGCGCAACCCGCAGUGGCCCCAACUCUUCGAAAAAAUCGACCACCCGCUGACGAUCCGGAAGGGCGAUGUGAUGGCGGCGACGUGUCGCUUCGACUCGAGCAAGAUGAACGAGACGACGCCAAUGGGCCACAUGGGCACGCAGGAGAUGUGCAACUUUUACAUGAUGUUCUACUGGGACGCCGCCAAGGCGAACCCGUUCCCCUAUGGGGCCGUGUGUGGCGGGAAUCAGGUUGCGAACAUCUUCAACGAGUACCCGAAGGACGGCUACGAAUUGCUGCCGGCCCGGCCUGAAUUGGAGCAUACGGCGCAUCAAAGCGGGCGCCCCUUCGGCAUCAUCGAGGAGGCCAAGAUCCACAAAAUCGGCUCCCACCAGCUCGGCCAAAUCUCGGGCCUCGCCUUCGAUCAGGAGAAGAACCUCGUCGUCUUCCACCGAGGCUCUCGCGUCUGGGACCAGAGCACCUUCGACGCGACGAAUCACCUGAACGACAAGGCGCCGAUCGCCGAGCCGGUGCUGCUCGUGACGAGAUUUGAGGGUGAUACACCGAUUCUCGUGAAGGCGCUUGGGGCUGGGCAAUUCCAUCUCCCCCACGGCGUCUUCGUCGACAUCGACGGCUACAUGUACACCACGGACGUCGGCUGUCAUACCGUAGCCAAGUGGAAGCUGAAUGGAGACAAGCUCGACCUGGUGUGGGAGUUCGGAGAGAAAUUCGUGCCCGGCAGCGACCAUGGUCAUCUUUGCAAACCGACAGCUAUCACGAGGGAUGGUGAUCGCCUCUACGUGUCCGAUGGGUACUGUAAUGCUCGUGUGGUCGAGCUGACGUUGGAUGGGAAAUACAAGGCUCAAUUCGGCUCGCCCGGCCAGGGCGCCGGCCAAUUCGCCCUUCCGCACGACAUUGCGCUCAGCGACCGGAAAACACUGCUGGUAGCUGACCGACAGAACGGACGAGUUCAGGAGCUGAACACCGAGGGACUCCUCCAAACGAUGACCGCCUCGUCGCUCUUCUCGAAUAUCUAUUCCACGACCGCCCACGAGGAUACGGUAUUCAUGCUGCCCGGGGAGACGAGCUACAACCAAUUUACGAAGGAUGAGAUCGAGAUUAAGGUCUACGGCUCUCGCCUGGGCACUGGACUGCUUGAAUUUGCGUUCGGCCCGAAAACCGAGGGCUUUGGAAGGCCACACGUGUUGAGGGUCUCCCCCGACGGCAAACACAUCUUCAUCGGCGACAUCAGCGAGCAGGGAGCGACGUUGUGGAAGUUUAGGAUUCAACACGACUCAUCUACUGAGCCCCUGUCUUCCGGAAAUGCCAUCUACCAGCAAGCCUCUGCAGCGGCUGGAGCGAUCAGCCGCAACGCCCCAAUUUCGAUCACAUUUUUUCUGAUCCUCGGCGUCAUCGGGGCGGCCUACUACUACCUGAAGCGAGGGAAGCCUAGGGGACCCAGAAGCUUGCAAAGUGGCUUCGAUCGGAAGGGCUUCAAACCUCUCAACCAGGAGGACACGCAGGCGUUCUUCGACAGCGACAGUGACAGCGAU